AUGGACAAUGUUAACGAACGAGCCGCUCGCGAAAUUCCCGCAGAACCACAGAGACAUAUACCGAUAGACCCAGAUGGACAAGAACCUGUCGACCAUCACCUGCAUGUGGAACCAGCACCGCAAGCAAGUGUGCUAAGCCCCGAUGCAAGUCGCAUGACCUUGUCCGACACGGAACGCCAAUGGGCCAUGGCGAUCAAAGAAGCCGUGUUACAAGAUCCCGAGUUGGAACCUAUCUCCGAUUUUGAUAUUGUCCAAGUUGCCUUGAUGGAUAGAGUCAACAUCGAGGGGGCUCUGGAAAGAAUUUGCAAACUGCAAGCCUUCAAGCAGGAAUAUUGUGUCACUGACACUGUGGAGCAAGGACAACAAGCAAUGCAACGAUGCGUAGAUUUGUUUCCGGGAUUAAUGCUUCACAUUUCGUAUCAGGAUUCCAUGGAGAGUCACUUCUUUGCGGGUGAUGUGACCAAGUUAUACAAGAAUGUUGUGGAGUCCCAAAGGGACACAACAGCAGUCGUUAUGGUUCCUUUCUAUUAUCUGUUUCAUGCCACAAAUCCAGACUUUGAAUCCAUGCGACAAGGCUUGGUGUUUUUAUGUGAGUGCGGAGGCUUCAGCUGGAAAGAUAAUUUCAAAUUGGGGUAUUUCCAAAAGUUUUGGUUGGAGCUUGGUGGUGUCUAUCCCAUCAAAUUCAAGAAAAUGAUGCAUUACCACACAAGCUUGUUCUUCAAUCUACUUCAUUCCAUGGGAAGGCCAUUUCUGCCAAAUGAUGUCAAGGAGGUAUUUGAGAUUGGGCUUUUUUCCGUGUUGGGAAGACUGGACAUAGUGUAUCUUUCUCCAAGUUUGGAAGCUUCCAAUGCCAGAUUCAAGACAAGGAUUGUGGAAUCCCUUCAAACCAGACAUCAGAAUGCAAGUAAUUUUAGGCUCUGA